CGAUUGUCAAACGUCUCGGCUCCCACCGCCUCCCCUUCUCCCCUUCAGCUGCGGUCACUGCGGCCCCCCCCUUAUUCCACAUCAACUCCCACCGCCGACCGGCCCUCCCAUUAAUCCCACCCGGCUCCUUAUUAUUGUCUUGCAUCGUUUACUUGCCUUUGAGACGUUGAAUUGAUACUUCGUAGCAAUAUUUGGCCUCGAUACGGAAGUGACGUCGGCUUCGAAUGUGACGGUGGUCUACCUAUACCAAAAAAUCCCACUGUUCCUUCUCUAUUUACGCUCUACAAGCCCACUCGGCCCGCAUUAAGUGUCUCCACCUGCACUUGUCGGUUUUCCUAAAGCGGCUUCUAGCCACAACUACUCGUACGGUAGAGCUUCACAACGCCCCAAUUAUGGAGGCUCCUCCAGAUCCAACCACUGAAAACAGUACACGAUGGUACUGCAAGUUUGAUGGGUGUGAAAAGAAUUUUGCCCGGAAAGAGCACCUGAAUAGGCAUGAGCGUACACACAUCCCUGCUGAAUCGCUCUUCAUAUGUACAGUGUGCCAACAAAAGUUCAACCGAAGGUAAAUAACAUGUCUUGGAGAUAACCCUUACCCGCUCACUUGCCCCUCUCUUUACAAAACUCAGAAUGCUGACUAUUCAACAGCGAUAGUCUUCAACGGCACAUCCUCCGUCAUGGAGAUGAGUAUAAGCCAACCCCUUCAGGUCGAAGCAAGAGAGCAUGCAUCACGUGCCACAAAGGCAAGAUCAAAUGUGAUGGCAACCAGCCAUGUGCAAAAUGUGCUUCAAAGGGCAUUGAUUGCAAUUAUAAUAGGCAAAGCCCCGCGGGUGAGAAUACAAGGACCUCGGAAAACGAUAACUACAUGAAUGAUACUGUCGUCAUUCAGCAGCAUGAUGAACAAAUCUUCUAUCCCAAUCAUGUUGGGAUGAACAUGUACGAGACACCGAUGGAUCCAAUGGCCGGUACCGUGUUGCUCAAGGAGUCUCCCAUACACAAUCCAUUUUCGAAACUAAGUGUUGUAGACUGGAUGAAUAUAAAGAUUCAGAAGGACCCAAUUUUGAGCCCCGUCAAGAGCCAAAGGAGCGACGAUGUGGAUAUUCUUAGUCCUCCGUUUUGUCCUUCGGAUCUUGAGCAAAAAUACAUGAACGCUUACUACACAUCCUUCCAUCAUCGUUGGCCAAUCAUCCAUCGGCCGAGCCACGCGGAUGAAAAUGAAAGUGUGAUUUUGAACUGUGCAAUGAAGAUGAAUGGAGCAUGGCUAUUCGGAACAGCAGCGUCAAAGCUCUAUGCUCUGGCGAUGCAGGGCUAUUUGAUUCGGAUACUACCAUCCAUGCUGGUAGGUAACUCUUAUUUGCAAAGUAAACAUUACUAAUGUGAUAACUUGGCAGACCCAAAAAUCAUCCGUUGAUCGGUUUCAUGGAGGUUUGCCUAGUCAAUUAUGUCAAGCAGCGUUGUUGAGUGUGAUAUUUACCUUUCAUGCUGGCGUAUGUUAUGCUCCAAUUUCAGUGGCCUUGAAAAAUGCCGGUUAUUCUGAUAGCUGCUAAUCUCAUACCCGUAGGCUGAAAGAACGGUUUCCAAAGCAAUAUUUUUGUUCAACCUCUUGGUCACAGCGCUUCGAGAAGCGGGAUUCUUCAAGCCAGAAACAGUGAUGGAUGAUGACAGGCCAGGAUACUUUCUCCCAAUGCACGUAGUCAGAGUUGGUGUAAGAUCUCGGUGAGUACAUGCAUACAUUAAGCCUGACCAUCAUCACCUAACAGUAUCCAGACUUGCAACAUACAUAUUCAAGCUCGACUGCUACCUCAGUAUGCUUCGUGACCAGCCACUACUACUAACAUUAGAUGACCUUCACUUUGAACCACAGGGCUCGUUCGCGCUAUGGAAUGCCGAUGGCCUUCAUAUAUGGGAAAAUCGUCUACAAUUUGAGUCGCCGUCCAGGCCUUUCGCUUCGAUAUCAGAUAUGGUGAGGGAAUUGACCACGAAUCCCGAUAUCACCUCUUGUGGCAUCUUAAUCGAAGAUGUACAGCUUUGUAUGCAGGGUAUGUAUCACAAAAUUCGACAAUUAUACCAUGGUUCUGUCGAGCUACGAGCCUCCUUAGAGGUAUUACGCGAAACCUGGAGGAUCGAAUUGGACAGGCUCAAAAUGCGACUCGAUCAGAUGGUAGCACUAGGAUUCAAUAUCACCAGUGCAGACGAGGACCAGCAACCACUUCUUCGCUUCUAUCGUGGGUUCGAAGAUCAUUCUGAUCUAGAUUGGGCAAAUUCGAUCAUCCGCCGAGCAAAGACUCUGAUAUUUGACUCUCUAUUACUCUACCAUAUCCUCAGCAUCCACCUCGACUCCGAUCUCCACUCCAUUCGCCAAACAGCCAGAGACUUCAAUCCCACAACCAACGUCGAGCUCAAUGACAGACACAAAAACCUACAAGACAAACGAGCAAAAUCGACAACUUCUUGGGCGAAUUCUCCCGGGGCCCAAUCUGCCUUGAUACACGCCAAAGAGAUCCUAAUAUUACACAAAAGCCUAACCGAAGAUUCGGAAUUCGAUAAAACUGGUCUGGAUCCUAUUGCUUAUGGGGCGCUUUGCACCAGUAUUCUGGUCGUGUGGGGGUUCUCCAUGUUCAGCAUCAAUCGAUGCGAGAUUUGCUUUAACCAGCCCGAGCAGGUACAUAACCAUUUCGACAUUGAAGGGAUUCCGGUUUGUGCUUGUACAUCUAACAUAAUAGCGGACCGGUAUCGGUCGUAUCUUCCUGAACGGUGGGAAAUGCCACACACGUGUAUCUGA